GCGUACUUAUCAACCCGGCCGGGCGGCAUAGCGCGUGCGGCCGCCUCGUGGGAGGAGGCGCGGUCCGGGGGUGGGGUGGAGUGCCCCAGUCAUGGCUUUUCAGGGCGCAGCGCCUGGCCCGGGUCCGAGCGCCUGCGGGGGACGGUAAGCCCCAGAACUGGCUAUGCGAGCGGGCUGGCGGCCGUCCGGGCGCCGAGGGAGCGCACGGGGCACCAUGCGCCUCCGCCUGUCGCCACUGCUGCUGCUCACCUGCGCUGCGCACACGGUCGGAGCCCUCCCUCGACUGUGUGAUGUGCUCCAGGUGCUGCGGGAGGAACGGGAGCAGUGCCUGCAGGAACUGUCCAAAGAGAGGACGGGAAACCUGGGCAUGGAGCAGCCAGCCCCAGGCUGCGAGGGGCUCUGGGACAACAUGAGCUGCUGGCCCUCAUCCGCACCUGGACAGACCGUGGAAGUGGAGUGCCCCCGGUUCCUCUGGAUGCUCGUGGGCAGAAAUGGUUCCAUGUUUCGAAACUGCACGCAGGAUGGCUGGUCGGAAACCUUCCCCAGGCCUGACCUGGCCUGUGGGGUUAAUGUGAACGACUCCUUGCCCAACGAGAAGCGGUACCAGUACCUUCUGAAGCUGAAGGUCAUGUACACUGUGGGCUACAGCUCCUCCCUGGUGAUGCUCCUGGUUGCGCUCAGCAUCCUCUGUGCUUUUCGGAGGCUCCACUGCACCCGCAACUACAUCCACAUGCACCUGUUUGUGUCGUUCAUCCUUCGGGCCCUGUCCAACUUCAUCAAGGAUGCCGUGCUCUUCUCCUCCGACGAUGCUGCCCACUGCGAUGCCCACAGGGUGGGCUGUAAGCUGGUCAUGGUCUUCUUCCAGUACUGCAUCAUGGCCAACUACUCCUGGCUGCUGGUGGAAGGCCUCUACCUUCACACCCUCCUUGUCAUCUCCUUCUUCUCAGAAAGGAAAUUCCUCCAGGGAUUUGUUGCCCUUGGAUGGGGUUCCCCAGCCAUUUUUGUCGCUUCGUGGGCUAUCACCAGGCACUUCCUGGAAGAUGUUGGGUGCUGGGACAUCAAUGCUAAUGCAUCCAUCUGGUGGCUCAUUCGAGGGCCUGUGAUCCUCUCCAUCCUGAUUAAUUUCAUCCUUUUUAUAAACAUUCUAAGAAUCCUGAUGAGAAAACUUAGAACUCAAGAAGCAAGAGGAAAUGAAGUGAACCAUUAUAAGCGUCUGGCCAAGUCCACCCUCCUGCUGAUCCCCCUCUUCGGCAUCCACUACAUCAUCUUCGCCUUCUCCCCGGAGGAUGCCCUGGAGGUCCAGCUGUUCUUUGAAUUGGCCCUUGGCUCCUUCCAGGGCCUGGUGGUGGCUGUCCUUUACUGCUUCCUCAAUGGGGAGGUGCAGCUGGAGGUUCAGAAGAAGUGGCGGCAGUGGCACCUCCAUGAGUUCCCACUGCGCCCGGUGGCCCUCAGCUCCUCCUUCAGUAACAGCACCAAGGCCAGCCCCUUGGAGCAGAGCCAGGGCACCUGCAGGGCCAGUGUCAUCUGAGGCCGGAGCAGGGCCAUGCACCCACAGAGGCCAAGAUGGGUCCCCAACAGCUGCAGGGCUCCGACAGACAGUUGUGACCUUCUAUGACUAACACUCUCCUCCAGGCCUUGGGGUGGGGGCGUGGUGAUAAUUCCUCAGAACUGAAUGAACCUGGGAUGCCCUGGGGCAGGAAGAGGCCUGGGAUUUGGGUCUGCUGUGUUUUCUGGGAAGAGCAGUUCUGGGGGUUCCAGAAGGGAGGAGGGGAGUAAUGACAACCAGAAUGAGAUUUGUCAAUAUUCUUGUCCUUGAGACACAAGGCGAAGGAUGCUCUGGCUCUGUCCCUACCCCUUCCUGGAGGCGGGGCUUCCCUCAUUCCCCUGCCCCAGUUCAGGGACAAACUUAGAAGCCCAGGAAACAGGAGAAAUUGAGGCCCUUGGUGGACCCUCCAUCCCCUCAGUGCAGGUCACCCAGCCAGCAGCUCUUACCCCAGAGCCUUCAAGACAGUAGCCGAAUUGGAUCACAUCACAGAGGACCACAGCUGCUCUUAGUCACCCCAACAUGGUAGAGGCCCCUAUUGCUCUUACUGCUCUUGAGUUAACAGUUAUUCUCAGUACAGCUGGAAAUGGGGCAGAAUCCCACUUGACAGAAAAACCAGUUCGCCAAAAGGUCCUGUGACUUGACCAAGAUACUCAGCAAAGAAGUAGCAGCACAGGCUACUGCUUUUGUUUCAAAGCCCCAUGCGCUGGGGCUGUGUCCCCUUCCCCUGCUCCUGGGCAGGAGGGACAGCAGCCUAUCUCCACCACCAAUGGAGACUUGGGUCUUACCCUUAACCCUCUGGAUCCUGGGUCCCUUAAUAUCAGCACUCCUUCGCCACCAGCCACGUAAGGAUGGAAGAGGACUGAAUAUCUGAGCCCUUUAAGGAAACAAGGCCUAUGUGCUCAGGGGAGAGCAUUCUGCACAGAAGCAGAGCCAACCCCCACCCCGCAGCCAGUGGAGAUGAGGGCGUCUUGCUGGUGGGUGGACCCAGCUCUAGUCCUGGCUUUGCGUGACCCUGGCUCCCCACUUCUGCAUCUCAUCCCUGCAGACCAGGUCACCACCUCGUUUGCACCCUGUAGACAGCCCCUGGGAUGGAAGGCCAGAUGCCCCCUUUCCAGGGCAAAGACCCCAGCCUGUAGGGUUGACGAGCUUUGCUCUCCAAAAACCCUGAUUGGUCCACAAAACCUUUCUCCAGUGACCUCUAGGGACUCCAUGGAGCUUGGAAACAGUGUUUGAAAAAAAAUCACAAGAGGUAGGUAUAGUCCAGCCCCACAGAGGGGACCUAGCAGGGCAAAGACCAAACCCCACGCAAUCAGCAGCAGCCAAAAUGAACCAGGAAAGCCAAGGGGCUAAGCAUAGAAUGGAAUGGGCUGAGGAAAGAAAAGAACCUGGAAAGGGGUCAAUUCAAGAUACCCAAAAUAUAUAUCUGCCAGCAAGGGUGGAAAUAUCCACUGGCUCCCAGUCCAUUUAACCUUCGGGCAUCUGCAUCCAGGCUGGUUGUUCAUCAUUACUGGGGGUCUGGUCAGUUCCCUGUGCCCCCUGCAGUCCAGUAGCUCCAGAUACGUGCUCUUUGCAGUGUGUUCUAGCAUCAAAAAUGGAACCCUGCAGGGGGAGCAAGGCGGUGGGGUCUGACCCUUAACCAGUGUGGACUCAUGCUUUCUCCAGAGGACAGUGUAUUAGAAGUCAGGUGGGCCCUCUUGGAAAGGCUUAAGGCCAGAUUCACAGGGAGGGUUCCCAGAGGGGACUGCCCCUUGCUGGAAGCCAGGGUUAUCCAGGGAUCAUGGGGUCCCCCAAAGGGCAGGGCUCAAGGAAAGUUAAAUGACUGGAAAAUCAGGAGCUCCCGCCAUGGCACAAUGGGUUAAUGAUCCAGCUUGUCCCUGAGGCAGCGCUGGUU